CCGGGUCGCCUCGCCCGCCACUCCACUCCACUCCACUGUCAGUUUGCGUCGAGUUUCGGCCACACUCGCCUCGUUUCCCCUCGCCGUGUCGGUGAAUGAAGUGUUUGUGUAUGGACGCGCUGUGACGCUCUUGCUGUGGAAUUAAGCGGGCCGGGCCGCUGAUAAAAUAGUGUAUCGCUCCUUGUAGCGAAAGCCAAGUGUUCGUCAGGGUGUUGUGCCGUCCACGCCGCCACACCUAUGGAUUUAGACUUCUAGCAGAAGAUACGGUCAUCGGUCGUUGUCUUCUGACAGGGGGAUUUAACAGGCCCAGGAUGUCAGGCCUCCAGUCCACCAACAUGUCGGGGGACAUGUGGAUGCAGUGGUUUUCGUGCUGUCUCAACCAACCAGCCAACAGACGGAAACGAGUGCAGCAACAGCAGCGGCGGCGGAUCGACCGGUCCAUGAUCGGGGAGCCCACCAACUUCAGGCACACGGGGCACAUCGGGUCCGGGGACGUGGAGAUGGGCAACUCGCACCUCCGCGCCAUCCAGACGCAGAUGCAGGGCAAGGGCGGCUACGACACCGCCUUUGCGGUCAAGGCGUAUUGACGGCCCUGACUAGCAUCAGGCACCAGCAACGAAACCAGUGUUCUCUCCGGAUGUGCCGUAGUUUGGACAGUCAAGCUGGAGGCUCUGAGUGGAAUCUGCUCUUCAAAUGUUACAACUGGCUUGGUUGUGUCAGGCCUUCAAUUAUUUUCGAAGCCUACUGCGAGUAAAAUUGCCCUUGACCUCACUUGCGGGAGCUGUACUGGUUUGACUGCCGUUUGCCUAGUGCUAAAACUUGCAAGGCACAUUUCUACUAUGUCUGUGCUUGUACAUAUUUUCACGAAUAGUAUUGACACCUGGAUGAAUGUGUUAGUGAGAAUGUGUUUGUCUAAAUGUGAGACAGUGUUCUUGGAUGUGUUUAUUCUGAAGAGGAUGUAUCUGUAAUAGAAGUUUGCAUGUAUAGGAAGUAAAAAUGUGUUAUUGUUAGUCAGUGUCGAUAAAAUGUAAUAACAAGUCUUUGUUCUUGGAGGACUGCAUAUCCUUCCCAUUCUGACCAAAGUCUACAUUAUAAUUUGUUUUUCUUUAAAAUUCCUCUGAAGGUCCCUUUUAAUUAUGGCUUUUAUCUGUGAAACAGAAAUGUGCCCCAUGCCCUUAAUGUUUUUUGUUGUUGUUUUUCCCCCAAGAAAAUUUCAGUCAUUUGUUUUAAUUGGCAUAGCCACCUAAAUAAGUUUUGAUUUGUCUUAAAUGCCAGAGUUUUGUUAGACUUCAUUUUAAUUUUAAUUAAUUCUCUUCAUAUGGGUGAACUUUUAUUUUAAGCAAACAAUACUGGUGUGAAAAGAGAGAUGGACACUCAAUUAUUUCUUAUGAGAUGUUUUGUAGUCUGAACCUUAACUACUAUGAAUUGCCGCAGUUGAAUGACUAAAAAAAUAUCCUUUAUCAUUUUAGAUAAUGUCCUACCUAUGCAUCCAAUUUUAAGUUACCUAAAUUUUAGUUCUGCGAUAAAGUUUUUUCACAUCAGUAUUGUAACCAGCAGAUAUUGUGAUAUAGCUCUUUAGUUACUGACCAUAAAGUUGACCAUAAGUUUCAUGAAUGUGUCCCUUCAGUUUUCUAUCAGUCUACUCGAAGGAAAAUGCCAUCAACUGUCAGAUUUUCUGUUUGUUGUGUAUGCACAUAUGAAACCCAUCAUCUAUUGCCUUAAUGAAUUUUUGUUUAUGGUUUGUAACCUUGUGAUAUUGUUUGUAUUUUGUUGAUAGUUUCUUUUUAACUAAAUUGAGCAGUGGUUAUCCACUUCCAACUUCUUAGCUUAUUUAUAAAUAAUUUUGCUUUUUAUUCUGUUACACUGUAUUGUAGUCUCAAUCUCACUUUGAGUUCAGUUUGCCUCAAAUAGAACAAAACCCCUUGCUCGGGAAGAUCCUUCUAGGUUAAACACAGUCUGCAAGCAUCUUUAAAUUAUAUAGUGCUAUUUGUUUUUACUCCUUCAUUCUAAAUUGUAUCUGGUGAGAGACUUUCAUUUGUUGCACUUGUAACCAUUGGAUCAGUGAAACUAUAUAACAAAAUUGAAAAGUUUGUUAUCAGCAAAGUUGUACUAAUAAAUUAGGACUUCCAUUCUCUCAAAACAUAUGCAGACUGAUAUUCAAGCCAGCAGAUGUGAGAUGUCUUUCAUCGACCGCACCAGACUGAUACAGCUCAACUUCGCUCAACUUCUGAGACUUCUUUUUUAUUUUGUAAUCUUUCUCUUUACCAUGAUUGUCAUCCAUUUUCCAAUGCUGUGAUCUUACAUUAAAUAUUCCAGGCUCAAUCUGUCAUUUUGGAGACAUUGUUUGAAGAAGAUGGACAAGAGGCACAAAAAUUGUGAGAUGCUAUUGCUGUUUUUUUGUUGUUGUUUUUUUUGGAUGAGCAUAGUAGACUGUGCUCUCCACCUUACUAGGAGACUAAAUUUCAAUGAAUCAAUGAAAAGCCCUUUUGUGAUACUCUGAAUGAGAAAUACUUUCACUCCUGCCAACGCAAACUUAUUCAGAGUUCACUUCACUUAUGCCAACGUUAUGUAGGUUUUAUAGUUUUAAUAAAAUGUAAAUUAGAACUAUCAAAUUCAGACUGAAUUAUUACUGUUGACUUUGUACCCUGAAACUUCUUCUCCACGCAUUUUUUUCAUUUUGUGUCAAGUGUCAAGAAUUGCUAAUCUAUAAACAACUUGUUCUUCUACAAUAUUGUCCUCACCCCUGCCAUAUAGAUUCCCAGCAUUGUUUAGUGUGCCAUGGGGAAAGAUGUCAUUGGUACACUUUUAAAGGAUUGGCUAGCAGUUAUGGUGCUGUAAUUGAUUUACAACAUAUAUUUUGCAUAUCUGAAGAAACUGCAAAUUUGUUUGUAAAAAAGAUGAAUGAUGUAAUGUGGAAAGGAAAAUAAACUAAAUAGUAUUGG